GCACGAGGAAACUCCCCAAGCAAUUCCCCCAAAUCAACCACCAAAACAGUUGUCCGUCCCCAACGCCGCAUCGCAUUGCCUCGCAUUGGAUCAGAACUGCUGGGCGUCUAUAUAAAACGGCAUGAUGAUGAUUCGUAGCCCAACGAAAGGAUCCAGGAGCAGCAAGGUGAAGAAGAGCAAGCCAACGACGACGACGACACCGGCGCCGCCGCCGGCAUUGCUCGAUCUCGCCUCCUUCACCGGCUCCAGGUCGUCGUCGGCGCAUUAUUCGUACCGCGAGGUCCCGCGCGAAGAUCAUCAUCAUCGACCUGCACCUGCACCUGCUGCUGCUGCUGCCCCCCUGGAGAUGCAGGCCUCCCAUGAUGAUGGCGCCACCGCCGCCGCCGGCCCCGCGUCGUGCUCGUCGCUGCCGACGAUGCCCAAGGUGGCGCGGUCGCACGCGUGGGACUGGGUCGCGCUGCUCCUCCUGGUCGCCGUCGACGUGCUUCUCAACGUCAUCGAGCCGUUCCACCGGUUCGUCGGCGCCGGCAUGAUGACCGACCUCAGAUACCCCAUGAAAAGCAACACCGUCCCCGUCUGGGCCGUUCCGAUCGUCGCUGUCAUUGGGCCCAUGAUCAUCUUUGUCAUCGUCUACAUCAGGAGGAGGAACGUGUACGAUCUGCACCAUGCCAUUCUAGGUAUCCUAUUCGCUGUGCUGAUAACGGGCGUCCUGACCGACGCGAUCAAGGACGCCGUCGGCCGGCCGCGCCCCAACUUCUUCUGGCGUUGCUUCCCUGAUGGAAUAGCGGUGUACGACAACAUUACAACGGGAGUCAUAUGCCAUGGUGAUCCUAGUGUGAUCAAGGAAGGACACAAGAGCUUCCCCAGUGGCCACACCUCAUGGUCAUUUGCCGGGCUGGGUUUCCUGUCGUGGUACCUGGCCGGGAAGAUCACGGUGUUCGAUCGAAGGGGGCACGUCGCCAAGCUCUGCGUGGUCCUCCUGCCCCUGCUCGUCGCGGCGUUGAUUGCCAUCUCGCGGGUGGACGACUACUGGCACCACUGGCAAGACGUCUGCACUGGCGGCUUUCUCGGAUUGGUGGUCGCUUCAGUCUGCUACCUCCAGUUCUUUCCAGCCCCGUCAGACGAGAAAGGGUUCUGGCCGCACGCGCACUUGAGGUUCGUCAGAGAGCGGGAGGCAGAGGAGAGCCGGGCAACGCAGCGGUCUACGGAGACCGCCGGAGCGCGCACGAGCCACGAACUGGAUGCGUUGGAAGCCGGCAGGAGAGACCAGUUGUAGCAGCACGAUGUAGCAGGUGUUGCGUGCGCACUACUAAUGGUGUACAGGAGUCCCCGUGGCUUGUGGUUAUCUGCAGGUAACACCUGACGCUAACUACUGACGCGAUCCCUCUUUGUUCGUACAUACUCCACGCAUGCCCUGAAACGCUGUGUAAAUACUUCUGUACUCUUUGGAGUCUGUAUAUAUCUGCUUUUAUGUGCAGCAAUAAGCAAUUGAAGUUUAAUUACUUAUUACUUUAA